ACGGGGCUCUCCACCCGGGUAUUGGGCAGGGUCACAAUUAGUGUGGGUCAGAAGGCCGUGUUGGAGUCAGGGCUAGACUGGAGUGGAAAGGCUGGAAGGGAAAGAGGGCCAGGUUCGGAGGCUGGAGUUGAUAGUCCCAAGCGUAGAAAGGGGAGUUAGGGUUGAGGCUGAGUGGGGCUAGGGCACGAGGCAAGCUUGAACCUGGAAAGGGGGCGGGAGAGGAGGCGGGGCUAGAUGCUUGGAUGAAGUCUGAGGCCGCAAAGUUGGCGCACCUCGGCGCGGAGAGAAAAGUCGGAGGGUGGAGCUAAAUCCAGGGGCGGGGCCAGAGGGGCAGGGUUAGAACGCCUUAGUGGCGGGCCUGAGGGGGCGUGGUCAGACGCGGAGGCGGGUCUCCCUGCGAGGGCGGGGCGGUCCCGCAGCGGGGCUGAGUGGGCAGCGGCGAUGCGGGGCACGAGCUGCGUGGGCGGCGGUGGCGAGAGCCCCGGUGGCGGGGGGCUAAGCGAGGGUCCGCGGGGCCGCUGGCUGCGCCUGGCCCCUGUCUGCGCCUACUUUCUCUGCGUCUCUCUGGCCGCCGUGCUGCUCGCCGUGUACUAUGGUCUCAUCUGGGUCCCCACGCGGCCCCUUGCAGGUCCUGCCGGUCCCCUGCCCAGCGUGCCGCCCGCCCCGUGUGCCGCCCCGCCAGGCGUGCCGCCCGCCCCCGUCCCCGCCCCAGCUGCCGCCGCUGCCUGCCUGCUGGGAGCCCCGGGCGAGCCGAGGCCCCCACUUGAUCUGCCGCGCAGUCGCCGCCGCCGCCACAGCGGCCCUGGGCGCCGCCCCCGCCGUCCGCCACCGAGAGAGAAGCCCGAGGCCGCGGGGGGCCGAGGACCCGGGUAACCCCCUUCUUACCCCAAUGGUCCCCACCACGCCGCCGUCCUCAGGGCCAGGCUUGCUCUUGGUGACAUCGCCCGGCGUUUCCAGAGCCAUCACCCUGAAGGAGUGGGCCGGUUGCUGGCCCUGGGCCCCUGUGACAGCUCCUCCAUGGUCAGGCCGGCGAUCCUGAUCUCUGCCUCCGACCCCCGCCCCCUAGGAUGCUGAUCAGAGCCACUCUGUCCUCUCCAGUUCUCGUGUCUGUCUGCAAUAAACUCCAGCCCAGCCGCC